AUGGCCAUCACCGAGCAAGACCGCAAGCGUAUGGGUACCAUGAACCCGCUACUCGCCGAGGUAUGAGUCCACGUAUGUCCUGUGCGUCUCUGCCCUCUAACGGACGCCGAAUGUAGGAGCUCAAGACGUUCCCUGCACUGGAGAUGCAUCGCGAUGACCAGCACAGACAGCGGCGCUUCGAGCAUCUGACAAAACGCCGCCAUCUCUAUCCCAUCCCCGGACCCAUCCUGGAGCACGUCUCCGAGACAAACCACCACGUGGAGGCUAGAGAUGGCUUCAAGAUACCAGUCAAGAUCUACAAGCCCGUCAGCCUGCCCAAGAAUGGCUCGCCAGUCCUCGUAGCUCUACACGAAGGAGGCUGGGCUAUGGGUGACCUCACCGACGAAGACUUGAACUGCCGCGCGGCCUCACGAGAUCUAGGAAUGGUCUGCAUCAACGUCGACUACAGACUCCUUCCGGAACAUCCGUGGCCUACACCGGUGGAUGAUUGGUAAGAGGUCUCCAGUGCACCAGCUUGCUCUGACCGUCCAACUCAUCUUGUACAGCUACGACGUCGUACAAUGGGUCGCAAAGAACGCAUCUCCCUCCAAUUCCAUCUUCCCCGGAGACCCGGCUAAAGGCUUCAUCGUAGGGGGAGCCUCCGCCGGUGGCCAUCUGUCCGCAGUCAUGUGCCAGCUCGGCCGCGACAACGGCCUCAAUCCACCACUAACAGGCCAGUACCUCGGCUUCCCCGUCCUCCUCUGGCACGACGUCGUGCCCGAAAAGUUCAAAUCAGAAUACCGCAGUCGCAUGGAAUGCGUCGACGACCCCAUAUUUCGCAGCUUGUUUGCCGACAAACUACCCCCGAGUCCUGCCGGGAAGGGCGUCGACGAUCCCAUCAUGAACCCACUCCUGCACCCGAAUCUCAAAGAUCUGCCGCCAUGUUACCUGCAAGUUGGCGGACUGGAUCCGUUACGAGACGAAGCUUUGAUCUGGGAGCGCGUGUUGAGAGAGAACGGGGUUCCAACAAAGAUUGACGUGUGAGUUACCCCCCUCCUGGUUGAAUUACGGCCGCCGUUAUAAUAAUUGUUUGUUUUUCUUGACUUUUUCGCACAGAUACGAUGGGUAUGGCCAUAUGUUCUGGACCAACUGGCCGCUCCUCGAACGCAGCAAGGAUUUCGUCAAAGACACACUGCAAGGUUUCAAAUGGUUGCUCGAGACGGGCGCCGCUCAUCAGUAG